CCUGCGAUUCAGGCAGUGACGUAGAAAUAUGGCGGAAAAAUUCAAUACAUUUUCAUAUAUUACCGAUAUUGAUUUCUGAGCAAUCUGAAGGCAUGUUAUACCAAUACUUCCAUACUGUGUCAUCCAUUUGCAAGAUUACUUGAAUCAGAUCAUUUCGAAUAAUGCCGUGCUAGUGUUGUGUUUUGGUAUAAUUUGAUUAGUGUGCUGUUUUGUGUAUAUGGCAUUGGGCUUUUGUAAAUCCGGCUCAUAUAUAUUUCUCUUAAUGAUAUUGCUCAAAUUUAGAAAUUAGGAGGAAAUUAUAUGUUAUUAGUUACACUGCAUGCUCUAUCGGAUACUAUUUCACUAGAAUCGGAAAAUUAAUACCGGUAAUAUACAUCAAAUCUUGAUUGGCUACUAUUAUCUCCUCAAUCGAUUUCUAUAAUGACGACGAUGAUUUGUGCCCCGGAAUUAAUUCGUGCGAUCUUUAUUCAAUCAAGACAGUUUUUCUCGAAAAGGCGGUCCCGUGAUUUGGGCAUUGUAGCCUAAAGACAUGGGAAAAACUUUUUGGAUUCUUACCUGGAUUAAACAACCGUGAUGAAAAAUGAAAAAGGAUUAGAAUUUGUACUGUUUGAAAAUUAUGCGAGGAAAUUUUAUCAACGAUCGUCGUGGCUUGUGAAGAAGGAGGUGCUAGCGGGAUCAUGGGCAAGAAAAUACAAUGUAUAGGCCGCUAUGUGAUGGACGGGCAGACUCUCGGCAAGGGCAAUUUUGCCAGAGUCGAACUGGCCACCCAUAGUCUAACGGGCUGCAAGGUUGCCAUUAAAAUCAUUGAUACAAGAAAAAUAAAGGAGGAUUACACUCGAAACAACUUGCACAGAGAAGCUCGGAUACUCGGUCAAAUACGGCACCCACAUAUCAUCCGCCUAUAUGAGACGCUCAAGGCAACUACACUUUACUGCCUAGUACUGGAGUAUGUAUCCGGUGGCGACCUUCUAGCCUUCAUCAAAAACCAGAAAGAAGGUCGUCUCUUAGAAACUAAAGCGCGGCACUUCUUUAGACAACUCGUGUCUGCCAUGCAUUUUCUGCACGAGAGAGGUGUGGCACACAGGGAUUUAAAAAUGGAAAAUAUCCUCCUUGAUGGCAAACAUAAAAACCUCAAAGUUAUAGAUUUUGGCCUUAGCAACACUUUUAGUCGUACUGAGCUAAUGAAAACUCACUGUGGUUCUCUAGAAUAUGCAGCCCCUGAACUUAUAGCCAACAAUGAUAACAAAUAUGGUCCGGAAGUGGAUAUCUGGAGUCUAGGUAUAAUACUGUAUGGCAUGGUAAUCGGUAAGCUGCCAUUUUCUACACACUAUACCGACCAGUAUCGCCGACAGAAACUUCUUGUACAAAUUCAGCAAGGAAUUGCAGAAAAUCAUAUAAAAGAACUCACACUUCAUGGAAUAUCACAAGAACUCUUUGACCUGCUGAACAAGUUAAUCGAACCUUCCGUCGAGUUACGUCUUCCAUUGACAGAUUGUGAGAUCCAUUCCUGGGUUACCAACAACAACAAACUUCCAUUCACACCCUUCGUAGCACUGCCCAGAGACAAGGCUUCAAAAUCACAGGUUAUUGACGAGUUGGCCGCUCUUCUUGAAACUCCACGUGAACAAGUAGAAGAUACUGUGCAUGAAAAUAAAUGUGACGACUACUCAGCCAUGUUUAACAUGCUUCUGGACAUUAAGCGAAUGGACAAGGGGCUUUUUGACACCGAUUUUACGCAGAAACAAGAAGCGAAGAAAGAGAAGCAUAGAAGAAAACAUCACAGACAGGCAACGAAGAAAGACACAAAAGCAAAACAUGCAACACCAGCUAUUUUGUGUCCUGAUAUUGAGAUACCGUCAGACACUGAAGAGAACAAAGUCCCACCAUCCCACAACAGUACAAGCUUUGACUUAAUGGCGCUUUGUAGCGCACCUACGUGGCUUGGUGGAGAUCGACGGAAAACAAGGCGCAGGAAAUCGCCGAUGCCAACCAGUCCAUUACCUCCGGCUACGGAAUCAGCAAAAAAUGAGUUGGACCCAGGAGCAUCAGCUGCGGUGAGUCAAGACCCACAGGGCCUUCUCUCGCCCACUCAAGCAUCUACUCAGGUAGCUCAGCUGCUUCGAAGAAACUCAUCUCGCCGAAAAGGAAGGAGAUCGACGCAUUCGGCAGAUCCACCGAGUAGAACUGGGAGUAUCCGUCGCUCCCGACGGCAUCGCAACCCCGAAACUCCCGGCUCUAAUCCGCAUAGUCCACAUAGUCCAAAUAAUCCCAACAAUCCGGAAAUAAAGAUUGAUACGCCAAAACAAAGUCCUGUUUCUGCGAUGAAAAGGCCGUCAAAUUUGAAAGGUUUGAAAGAGUGUUAUUCAAAUGAUAAUCAUAAAGGCUUAACAAGAAAAUCCACUCUUGGACCAAACACGUCAUAUUCUCGACGCUUUAGGCGGACAAGAUUUGGUAGUGAUAAAACUGAUGAAAGUAUGCAGUCAGACAGUUCUAACCCUUGCUCAACGACUAAUUUACACGAUGAUUAUAGUGAUGGUUCUCAAGAUGAACUUUCACGUCAUGGGUCUAAGACCUCUCUGGGUUCAGUGGAAAAUCGAGAUUCCACUGUAGAAUCUAGAAUAGCCCAUGCAGAUAUCCGCUCAAUUGUACGACCAAAACAAAUAGUACUGAGAAGUAAGGUAAAUGGCCAAGUAAAAAGGGAUAAUCCAUGUAGUUUACAUGUUCCAAACGUAGAAGAUGCGUCCUGUAGGAGUAUGUCAGCUUCCCCUGAGAUCAUCAUCGAAUCUAUGCAACCGAACUCCUUUGCAAACCUCUCUGAUGAUGAGAAAUUAGAACGUCGAAUGAGUUGUGAAAUUCCAAAAACAGAUAGUGAAAAACGAGUGGAACGGGAAUUAACAGAUUCGUUACAUGUUAACCUACAUAAUUCUGAAUCCAUGCACAGUUCAACGGAGUGUUUAGGGGCUGCUAGUUUAAAACCUGAGCAUUAUAGUGAUUAUCAAGGAGCAGGGUUACAUGACGAUACUCAAGAUACUUGUAGAUUAGAAUUUUAUGCAAAUGAUCACGAAUUGAGCAACUCUGUGAAUAGGAAUAUUUUAAAUGAUACAGUAGAUCAUUUUGAAACUUUGCAUGAACCAACACAUCUAGUGGCAGACUUGUAUUCAAAAAGGGAGAAGAUUUCACUGGAUGACAAGAUACUGAUGCAAGACGAUAUUUGUUACGUUGACAGUAGUGACCAUAAUUCUUCACAGGAGAACCUGAUACUGGAUAAAAGACGUGUUAAGGGGAGUAUGAAUUCAGAUAUUGAAAGCAUCUCCGCACCUAUACUGUUAUCUCCUCGGGAAUUAGGUUUAGGUCUAACACCUAGUGAAAGUCCUGGGGAUUCUUUAAUUGGACCCGGGGCGAGUUCUGUCUUGUCAUCUCGGCACGGCAGCACACCCUCAGUGCGCUUUGUUAUGCCUAGCACACCCAUUCGCCAAAUGUUUCAUACUCCAAUCGCACGCAUUGAAAGUUUUCAUAGUGAUGAUUUUGAAAUUUAUACCUCAGAUAUUGAUGCUUUAGUGACCUCACCAACUACACCAUCGCCGUCAUCUAAUUCUACGCAAACUCCAACAGUUCCGUGUUUUCAGUAUAUUCAUGGAAAGAAGAAACACUUUCUGAGAAAAAGUGCAAAACAUCAACAGAAAUCAUCAAAGGGUAGUAAAAAGUUUCAAAAAGAUGGAAUUAUAUCAUUUAUUCCGGAAAAGAACGGAAGAGAUGACUUUCGAGGGCGUGAAACGUUAGUUAGCUCUAGUUCUGAAUGCGGAAGUGACGGACAAGUGCCUGAAGUCGUAAAUGCCAGCAAGGCAAAGAUUUUCCCCAUGGAAAACAGUGAUGAACAAAUUGAUGGCAAAUCAUGCAAACCGCCAAUGAACGACAAGGCUAAACUGAUCUCGGAGGUUAAUGUCGAUCAAAACAGUUCCAAAAAGCACCAGAAUUCUACAUGUAAAUCAUUUCCAUGGAAACAGGCCCAAGAAACGGCAGAAACGAAGCAGUCAAUAUGGAGAAGAGGUUUUGUUCAUUUGCUAAAGAAAAAGAAGCUCACCAGCUUUGGAUCUGGAAACAAUAACAAUAACGCCGAUAGUCCAUCACGAUAUCGUGUGGCAAACCAUAGUACUUCCAACAGUAGCUCGACUAAUGUAGUGAAUACUGUCAUCAAUACGCGGAACGGUCAUGCUAGAGGAACAUACAGAGCCGUUCCGCCAAAUACAUUGGACAUUCCUGCAACAAGUGUUGAAAUCAAAUGGUCCCCUGCAAAGGUUGUACAAAACAACAUUAAAGCUGGCGUAGAAUCCGGCACUGGUGAUAUUGGUUGUACCCAAACACCAAGCCCAAGCCCAUCUAAACCAAAAGUGUUCGAUUUCACCAUAGUCUCAUCUGAGCCUUCCAAGCACAAACAUUGUCUUCUCAGUUGGAAAGCGUGUACAGAGUGUACCUUUAGUGAAGACCCCUCAUCUAACGAGGGAAGUGAAGACAGUGAAUGUGGUAACCAUGACAACCAAAUUCCUGAGUCUACAAAGAGUAACACUAUUGUUAUGACAACCUUAAGGGCGGCCCCAGCAUCACCUUGCAAUGUUCAUCAAUCAUGAUAGUCAGCUAACUGCAUCCAAUAAUCAGUGUGUUUGGUAAACAUGCUGCUUAAUCGGGGAAAACCAUUUGUUCUCACGUAAAAGUUGUCCAUAAAAUUGUUACAGAAAACCACCACGCACGACUUAUAUAUAAUUCGAUAUAAGGAAACUUACAUGGUUUCAAUUUAAUAAGCAUAUGAAGAGCUCACUUUUAUGAAAAAUUGAGAGAAAAAAACAGGCUGCUUUUACUUACUAAACACAGUUACAACGAUGGAAUUGUAUUAAAGGUUCCUACCAAUAUUGAGCAACUUCUUAUUAAUAAGUUAGCCCUAUGUAAAAAUACAAAAUGCUGCGUGUAUAUAAGAUAUAAUAUUAAAAGUGAUGGUUACUUUAAUGUAAUCUGCAGUUGGCAGUCACGUGAAUUUUGAUUUCGCACACAACUAUUACAGUUAUAUUUUGAAUAAAUAGUAGUUUCGUAACAAACAUGCAGGACAAUAAAAAUGAUACCGAUUAUUAGACAUUUAGAGCUCCGUGUAUAAAACGGUCGUUGGUGUCUUCUUCAAAAAAUAACAAAAUCACGUGACUACCCAUAGUGCAAUUGUCGGCGUUAUUGUUAUUGUGAUCGGGUUUACUUCAAUGCCAAAGUCUUUCAGGUGGUUGUUUUGUUUGGUCUACACGCUUUAGGGGAUAUGACUUAAAUUUUCCCACUAUAUUUAACAUAGUAGAAAGCAUUUUAAUAGACCAUUGUUAACUCACUCGUUUCUGUUUGUGUUAUGUUUUGUUGACAUCAUAUAAAUGCAAUAUGUCUAUCUUUCAACGAGAAGUGUCCCACUGUGUGAGUUCCGAGUUUCAUGUCUUGCCGAACCAGUUUUGGUCUGUUUAAAUUAUUAUUAGCAGCAAUUUCUGUCCCAGUCGGACAGUUUGUUAUUUUUUCUGUUAUUCUGGUAAAAACGAAAUAACAUGAAUUAUAUCUAAUUUUAAGCAGCUAGGUUUGCUAGCGUCAUUAUAGUCGGGAAGGUCGUGCAUAAUAGCACUGUUGCUUUGAGGCUGGACUUAUUGUCGCCAUGUUGACUAACCGCUGUGAGUUGACCGCUAUUGUUCCUAUUUGAAUUUCUUAACAGCUAUAGUCACCAGAUAACUGACAACUUCCAAUUUAAAUCCAUUUUCGGAUACCCCGAAUUUGCACGGGAACCUCGCUCUUUCUAUCUAUUUUCAUUGCAAAGCCGGAUUCAGUCUACUUUCAUUGGUUGACAAAACUGCGAGAGAACUAAAUGUAUCUUGCAAUUUAAACUAUAAUAGGCAAAUUCUGGAUAUUUUAAAGAAGCAUUUAAAUUGAAAGUUGCGUGUUAUUUUGACUAUAUCUGUUAAGAAAUUAGAAUAGGGAAAGUAUCGGUCAAGUCACUGCGUGCUGUCAACACGGCGGCUAUAAGUCCAGCCGCAGAGUACCUGUGCAUAAUAAUAAGACGAACAUAAUUCAGAAUAUACAUUUUAUGCAAUUAUAAGUGUACAUACUGGACUUCAGUUUACCAAAGAUAUUUAUUUGUGUUUACUUAAGUGUUUACUUAAGAAUUUUCAGUUUGGUAUAUAUUGGGGUUUACCUCCAGUAGUAAGUCCACAUUGCUCAUCCAUCAACAAUUUCUAUUGGUCGUUUAUACAAAAUAUUUGUUUUAUGUUUAUAGAUAUGUAAUGACCAAUUUACACAAAGUGUACAUAUUUAUGUUAAUUUGGCCAGUCAUUUACAUAUUUCUUUCGAAGUUGUUAAUGAUGCUCCAAAAGACAAUGCAUGCAGACAAGCAGCAAACUUGUCUAUGCUUUCAUUUCUUCUUCAGUGUCACCUUCUAAAUCAAAACAGAUGUCAAGGUGUAUACUGUAUAUUUAUCAGAGGUCGAGUAUUUUGCUAAUUUCCCUAGACAAUACAACUUAUAAACAUUAUAUGGGACCUGUUUUUAUUAUUUCUGAGCUCUGUGAAGAUUUCACUGGGAUUCCUUAUCCAAAAUAAGGUGACAUAAAUAUUUCCCAGUAAUGCUUAAUCACUUUGCAAAUACUUACGAAUGCAAGCAAACACACGUUUGCCAAAUUUGUUGAUUUAUUAAUUAAAAUGUUAUUAAUACAUUAUUAUGUAUUUUGAUGCGAAAUCUUCGUGCAAUUUCUGUAUAGAUUAUAGCUCAUAUUGUUAUUUCAGCUUUCAAUGAAAGUUUGUGAUAUAUAAAAAUGUAUAAAUUGGUCAUCCCGGUAGGGAGUAGUCACGUGUUGAUUGUAAGAAAACGAGUGUUUUUGUUCUGUUUAUUUUCCCUUCCGUUUUUCAGUUAUCUUUUUGAUGUUUGAAUAUUUAAUGGCAGUCUUACAUUUAAUUGAUGGUUACAUCACAAGUCUUCACUACAUUAAACUUGUGUAGUUUUAGCUGUUUUGAACAAAUAUAUAUACAUGUAUUUCUAUAUUUUUUAGGAAUAGAGGUACUAACCAAACAUGUUGUAUUUUGGUCUCUUUCCUGCUUCAAGAAUCUACUUAUUACAAAGUUUGAACUAUCGGUAAAAAAAAAUAUGUCAUAGUGCAUUUCGUUUAAAUUGUUUUAGACUGAUUUCAUAAAAACCUGCAAAAAUAGUCCAAUUCAAAAGUAUAAAAAUAGUGGAUGUAAACUGGACCGCAGAUACGUUUUCCGGAUAGGAUAUAUCGGACCGCAGAUACGUAUUCCGGAUAGGAUAUAUGAUCAAACUCAAAAUGGAUAUAUAUUAAACAUGCGCUAAGGUUUAAAUUUGCAUGUUUUUAUUUCGUCGUAUUACUUUAAACGUAAUACUUAUCAGGGACCUCUUAAAUUGAGUUUCAGUCUGCACAAUAGAUUGGCCUUCAUUUGAGUAGCAACUCAUUUUCGAGGUUUAGAUUCUUGAUCAAGAGAGUUUCUGUAUAAGUUCUAUGUUUCAAAAUGUUUUUCUAGUACAAAAGGUUAUAAAAUAUUUCAGACGUUAAUAAUGUAAAUCAUUUUGUUUUGUUAUGUGUGAAACCAGAAAGUCUUUAAACUUUUCCACCAGUUGGUAUCAUUUCCAUGGUCGUUGAUUUGUAGAGAAGAUAAGAAUAAACAGAAAAAAAUAUUUCUGCUGUUUUUAGAACCUAACAUUUAGUUUAAAUCCACAGAUGCUUAUUGAACAGGCUCAGUUAAACCACGUCUGCUAUUUUCUUUCUUUUUUGCUUACAUGCAUUCUGUGCUUUCUAAGGAUCUUGUUAUUGAUUUGAUUAACUGUCAAAACUGCAGUCUUUAAGUGCCGUGUGAAGGCUAUAAAAAGUUCCCCCUUAUUUGACUUAAUGACGCUUUUCUUUCUGGUUCUUUGGGAUCACAGAGUUCACUGACAUUGAAAAUAACUGUAUAAAAGAGUUCCGCUAAAACCUGUGUUAGGGGACGAACGUUUCAAUACCUCUCACGACAAACUCAAAGAAGCCGAAGAAAUAAUGAUGUCAUUUUUCUUGGUUACGUUCAAUGCUCCCAUAGGAUAGUCUUCUAAAUUCCAUUUACAGUAACCAGUUGCCUUUGCUUUUAAUAUAACUUUUCUCGAAAGAUGUGUAGAGUAAAGGUCAAAACCGAUAUGUUUCAAUCAUUCUUCACAGAAACAAAUGAUGACAAAACGUCUAUUAUUCUCAUGCUUCGAUUGUCCAUAUCCCGAACACUAUUUUGGGGUAGGUCAAAACCAGAUAAAUAUUCGUUGCCGAGUCUGCUCUGUAGUCGACCUCUAGGCCGGUACGUACUUACGAAAGGUAUACAUGUAUAGUGCAGUUCAGCAUAGAAGUUUACAUCCAAUCAAAAUAUAUGUUUAAGUUAUACUUUGAUUCUAGAAUAGAAAGGGAAAUGAUACUUAUAAAUCUGAUUCUUCAAAAUGUCCCUUUUCACCUUUUUUCUUCUAUUUACAAUGUGUAUCUAAGGAGGUUAUUCACGUUUGUGUGCCUGUUUCCAGUGAAAGAAUAUUUUCCUCAGCUGUAUAUAUUUAUCUUCACCUUCACAUCUGCGAUCACUUAGAUAUUAAUAAGGCACCUUUGUAAAAAGUCAAUUUACCCCCCCCCCCCAUUUUAAUGUUAAUCAUGUUAUCAAUGAAUUUGUUAUAAAGUGAUUACCAGUUAAUGAAUUAGGCUCUUAAAAACACGUAUUUUAAUGAGUUACAAUCAGUGGAAACAUACGUCUAAAUGUUCCAUUUUCCAAGAUAAGUUACUUUUGGACAGACUGUUUCCUUGUUAUGAAUUUAAGAAAAGUAUUCUUGAAAUUUUUAACCGUACAAAGUGGUGAAGUGGAAUAUUUUUACAAAGGUGUCCUCAUCCUAGAACCUUGUUUUCAUGAAUUCAUCAUCAUUUUCACAAUUUGAUAAUCUUGUAGAAUAUGAAAUGAUAUAGAAACAAAUUUAAGUAUUAUAGGCCCCUACACUUUGUCUUGCGACUUUGAGUUACAUUCAAAUGUGCAAAUGACAUUCUGUUUCUUGUUCUGUAAGACAGAAGAAGCUCAGAGAACUUUGUGUGAUCUUUAUUUCUUACGACAAAGAUAAAAUGCCAGUGAACGCAAAUGUCAAGUUCGUUAAAAUGAGAUAUUACCUACGCUGUUGGCGCUGUUCAUUUUUUAUCCGCUCCACCUCUUCUGAAAUAUAGGCCCGUUUUAAUAAGCGUGCACGUGUCUCCACCUCUUCUGAAAUAUAGGUCCGUUUUAAUAAGUGUGCAUGUGUCUCUACCUCUCUGAAAUAUAUGUCGUUUUAAUAAGUAUGUACACGUGAAAACUGUGCAAAAGUCACUGCCAGCCUUUACAAUCAAUUUGGUAAAAAAGAACAAGAAUGUAAUCAAAUACUUAAAUUAUUGUUUGCUGAUACGGACACAUUGUUGUGUGAGAUGAAAUAAUUAUUAUUUUAUGAAAUAAAAGCUUCAAAUACCACAAAUUAAUUAGUCUUCGGUUGCUAAAUAGCCGAGUGUAACUCUGAAAAUUUCUUAUUUGAUCCAUUUACCUGGUCUCCUAUUUCAGUAUUAAUAAAACCAAAAAACAUUUAUGUUUUAAUGGCUAAAAUUCUUGAAAACAUUUUUAUCAUUUAUACACUAGGGCAGUAAAAUGUAUACAGCUUCAUAUUGCACUUGCAAUUAGAUAGGCAUGGAAAACUGUUGUCUUUCUUGAAAUACAUAAGUUAAGUUAUAACAUUUGAAAUAGAGGCUUUGCAAAGAGAAAUUCGGUCGGGUUAAUGAAUAUAAAUGUUUUGUUUUAUCUCCUGUUGUGAGAGAAAUAAUCAACAUAGAAGGUGUUACUAGUACAAAAAAAAAACAACACAGUAUGUUGUAUGUUAUUUUAUAUCACAUUCAUGGUUUUCAGCCAAUUUUUUUUGUAUUUCAAAGCAAAACUGUUUCAUAUAAUUUCAUCGAGAUGCAUUAAGGUGGCAAAGACUACUGCAACAUCUGCACGUGUAUAAAAUUAUUAAAACACACCGGUAUACAUCGCGUUAUUGUAUGAAUCUAAAACGGAAAAAAUGGAACAGAAUAAUUCUAAUAUUUAUAUAUUAUUAGCGUUAAACAUGUUCGAUAAGCAUUUAUGCAAAUCAUUUUCACGUGUUAGAUAACAACAAACAUCCGGGUGUAUGUUUUGCGUUGGAUGUGUUUGAUUCACAUUUUGUGGAAAUUUUGGUUUAGAAAAUUAAGUUCAAAUUGAUAGGGACUGGGUCCAAAGAAUAAAGCAAUAUGUUUACUUCUGAUUAAGAAUCGAUAGUAAUACGUUUUUGGCAAGCUAGUUUUUACGUUUCGCUGAAGGAUAUACAUAAACAAAUAAUGUACUGCUAGAAACUAUGGACCAGUAUUUAUUAAAAGAAAUUGUUUUACGCUUUUUUAAAAAAAAUUGACAUGACUGAAUAUACUUUCCUAUGUGCGUUGGUGGGAGUUUUUAUUUUUCAUCAUCAUACACAAUACGCUAAGUUUGCAUAUAAAAUACAUGUAAAUUUGUUUCUUAUAUCUUUGCCAGUAAUUCCCGACAUAGUUUCAUAUUUUACAUUGCUAUUUGUUAUUUCUUAUUGAUGAGGGUUGCUAUAUAAACGUGUAUUUCUCUCUAUUUUUCUCACUCAAUUGAAUGCAAUCUCGAAAACAGAUGUUCGAAUUCUAUAUUAUGGGAGUUACCUAUGUAUAUUGACGAUAUUUACAACAAUUAAAAUCAUGUCACCUCA